AUGGCACCGCCAGGCACGGUGUCGUACGAAGCUUUCCGCAAGGAAUUAAUGAUGCAAACUACCGCAUCACAGCAGAGACGACUCAACCAACUCGUGUCUGCAGAAGAGUUGGGGGACAGAAACCCGUCCCAACUGCUGCGUAAAUUGAGACAGCUGAUGGAGGACCAACCGCUGUCAGAAGAGGUUCCGAAAAGGCUUUUUCUACAGCGCCUGCCCUUACCAAUGCAGAGCAUUCUGGCGUCGACCACCGACACAACAACUCCGGAGGAACUUGCGCGUGUCGCAGAUAGAAUCGCUGAGGUGUCAAACCCCUUUUCUUCUGUGGCACAAAUCAACCAUCGGACGAACCCUUUCGAAGCGUCCCCAGACUCUACCUCCGAGAUUGCAGAGCUGCGAGCUAUGAUCAGGGAGCAGGCUGGUCAAAUUAAAGCCCUCACAAACAGGCUAGAAAACUGGACCUUGGAAACACACCGGCGGCGCAGCAACAGUUCAUCAAGGUCCACUCACCGUCGAAGAUCCAGAAGUCCCAGUCAAAAUCGUGUGUCUAGCAACAUCUGCUGGUAUCACGCAGAAUUCGGCGCACAGUCAUCUAAGUGCAAGGCCCCGUGCUCUUUCCUGAAUACCACCCAGGAAACGGGCAGGCCAGGGCCUAGCGACGACGUUCACCCGUGGUACUGA